CACCCUCCGACCAUCGUGAUUUCUUCUAGAGUGCUCAUCAUCCCCCACCUGUCACGACUAUUACCAUUAGUCAAAUGAAAUGUAUGCUAAGGACCAACUUGACAGACUAGUGAAGCGCUCACGGACUGCAUCUCCUUUCCUAGGGGGUCAGGGGUACAGUCAUCUAAACAAAGCAACUCAUCAUCUCAGCCCCUGAAUGGCCACCUCAACCGAGCCGGUUGGACCGGCAAAUGGCCGCCAUUCCCGUUGUUCCUGCAAGCGUUUGGUUCCCGAGGCAAAAAGGAAAAGGCAAAGAACUUUUGCGAGGACACGUCGUUGCUUCCCCGGAUUUUCAACCCCGGAGCAUCCUAGUCAUGCAGGUCUCAUCACUCAUCACACCCGGCUGACUGCCACCACCGGGACAUGACGUACGAGUAAUUUUUCCGUGCAGGAUAUAGACUACCCC